AUGGAGGUGGAUGAUUUUCAAGGCCCUGGAGCCUAUGUCAACAUCCUUCCAGUAUGGCGGUUUUGGGUGCUAUGUUUCGGAGUAUGCGCAGGCCUGCUUCUGUCUAUAAUUGACUCUUCCAUCCUCGCAACCAGUCUCUAUACCAUCGGAGUCGAGUUUCAAGAACAUAGCCUGAUCAACUGGGUUGUCCUGGCAUACACACUCGGCUAUACUGGCUUCGCCGUCUCAUGCAGCACUCUGUCAGAUAUCAUAGGGCAGCGUAACGCAUUUGCGGGUUCCUACAUCCUCUUUGUGGCAUUCUCCAUCGCAUGUGGGUUUGCUCGACAAAUAAAACAUCUCAUCAUCUGCCGGGCCUUUCAGGGUGUCGGAGGUUCUGGAUUAUAUGCUUUGUCAAUGAUUAUAUUGACUCAGCAGUGUCCACCUCAGCUGCGUCAAUAUAUAGGAAGCAUUAUCGGAGUGGUCAUUGCGAGUGCAGGCAUACUCGGGCCUGUCUUAGGAGGACUAUUUACCGAGUACACGAGCUGGCGGUGGAUUUUCUGGUGGUUUGCUCACCGGAUCGUCCCUGUGUUUCCGAUCCAACUCUUUCGGAUUCAACGCUAUGCAAGAAGCGCACUGACAACUUUCCUCGUGGGCUACCCGCAUCUGCUCCUGAUAUUUUCGUUCCCCAUCAGGAUGCAGAUUGUGAGCGGGAAGAGCCCGCUCAUUGCCGGGCUGAUGCUGCUUCCAAUGCUGGGAACGGUGGCUAUUGGCAGUAUGGUGAGCGGCAAGAUCAACUCUGCUAAAGACUAUCUUUCCGGAACUUUGCGCUGCGGCACAUGGAUGAUGGCAUUGGGUUUUGUCCUUCUCCCGACGAUAAAAGGAUCCGAAGACGAUGCAAAAGCAUUGGGCUUUCUAGCCUUCGCAGGGUUCGGGUUCGGUCUCUUCACUGCGGCAGCAACCAACGUGAUUAGCGUUGAUGUUCCGACACGACAAAAGGCAUCUGCCCAUGGUAUCACUGCGCAGGCAAGAAUCUUAGGGGGCAGCCUUGGCAUAUCGAUAUCUACGCUCUUCCUACACACUGAAGUGAUUAACCGACUCCCGGAGCUCGUUCCCCCUGAAGAGUUAGCUUCCGUUAGGGGGGAUGUGCAAAACCUCAGGGGAGCUAGCCUGGAAGCCGUCAAGAGAGCAUAUGUGUCUGCUUUUCAUAAGGGCAUCACGACGGCAGCGGUCGCGGCUUGUCUGGCAGUGCUUUCGACUGCCUUUAUCACCUGUCAGAUGCGCCGAAGGGAGCGCCGAAGAGACGUGGAGCAGCAGCAACAACAGCAGCAGCGUGAGAAUGCGGCGCUAGAAGGCGAAGAGCCGAGAAUCGCGGAGCUCCCGAUUCCGCUGCAAACUAUUGCUGGUGGCGGAGUGGCUGAGGGAGGAGUUGCCCAGGGGGAAUCAGCCAAAUGA